GAAAAAUGUCAAAAUUCCGUUUGUAUUAUAAGAAAUUUAUAUGAAAAUAUGUAGGUGCAUCCUGAAUUUGUAUCAUAUAACGUCGAGAAACGUAAAAAAAAACACAAAGACAAUCCAGUCUCAUCCAAGCAAGCUAUAUAAGCAGGCCGAGGGAGAGGAGAGGAGAGCCCACUAAAAUGAGUUAACUACUCCUGUUGGGCUCUGAAAAAUCACAAGAAGCUGUCACCCACCAUGGUUGCGCGGCCCAUAUCCACAAGAAGCCGAAAGAGCAUUUCGAAGGCAGCCUAGACCAGCCCAGCUAGUAUAAACCAUAAGCCCAGCCCAAGAAAUAAUGGAGCAACAAUGGCGGGUUUGGGUGGCUUUUCAGUGAUGCGAGGGGGCAAAGCAGUGUGAUUCGGGAGUAAAGUUGUCAGCCCGCGGGUUAACCCACUUUCAUCCUGAUUCAGUGAGAAAAAUGAGUCGCAAGCCACCGCUACAACGUACAGGGUUGGAGGUUAAAUUGUAUUAUUUUAUUUGGUUUGCGAGAUGUGCUUAUUUAUCGAUUUUUCUUUUCACCUAACUCAAUAUUUGGAAUCCUUAGUUGAACAUUUGAAUAUUGAAGUUAUAUAAGUGUGUGUAAAUUUUCACUAUAUGUUGGAUCUAAGUACGACAUGUUACUUUGGUGUAAUAUUAUAUGUUAUUACUCAUAUGUUAGAUGAGAUUUGAUAUAAUUUAUCAGAAUAAGUACUAUAUAAUGACUCUUUUCAUAUUUCCGAGUUAAAAAAGGUGACCCGUUAAUCCUUGACCCACUAGUUCGAUCGGGUCCGGGUUAAUUCGCGGGUUGAAAACUUUCGAGAGAGAAAAGGCUGUCUCCCAACUCCAAGUCCCAACAACAGAAACAGGGCAGGGCAGAGUCAGAGAGCAAGUGCAACUUGUCAUCUUCCUGAUCAGUAAUCCUCCAAAUUCUGACACAAACGGCACUCCUUCCUUCAUCCUCCAGCUACCUGCUACACAAUCCCAAUCACAAGAAUUGAUUUUUUUCGAAGAACAGUCACUGUUUUCCAAUUCGCAAUCUCCACUCGCUUUGCUUCCUUCCUCCCUAUGUUUAUUGGUCGAAAGAGACCACGCGAUUGAUCAGUGAGAAGCUUAAUUCGCAAACAUUUCAAGGGUUUUUUUACCCUCCUUCCUGAUUCAAUUGGACUCGCAAUCUCGAACUGUUACUACCCAAUUGGUAAGUAAUUCGUUUGCCGCAGAAAUUUGUCAUCUUUUCUUUUCUUUUUUAGUUUCCAGCUUGCUUUGCCCUUGGCCUUGCCGAUUCCCUGAUCUCCUCACUUCUCUGCUGAAUUCCUAUGCUUGGGGGAUUGUCAUGUUUAAAAUCAGGGUUCUAAUUUCUGGGUGUUGAACGUGGGGACUCAUUCGAGAGUUGUUGCUUUCGUUUUCUGUGUUUCUAGUAGUAGGUUAAUCUCUUUGUUGCCUGAGAAGGAAGAGUAUUCUUAGACCUUAUUAACUGAUCUUGAAGUAAGCUUAUGUGAAUGAUCCUUCCUUCGGUGGAAUUUUCAGCUCCAUGGAUUGAUAGAAGAUGUUGGUUUUGUUGCGUUUCGUUCCUACUUCCUUGUAUGUUCCCAGGGAAAGAAAUAAGAAGAUAAAUUUGGGUUCUUUUUUCAGGGAACCCAUCGUAGAGCCAGCUUAUAUUGGGUGGUUUUGCUGCAACGUAAGACAUAAAAGGAAAUGGCGGAAUUGAUUGGGCCAAGGUUGUACAGUUGCUGUAAUUGCAGGAACCAUGUUGCCCUUCACGAUGAUGUCAUUUCCAAGGCUUUUCAGGGAAGACAUGGACGAGCAUUUCUAUUCUCGCACGCGAUGAAUGUUGGGGUCGGGGCGAAGGAAGAUAGGCAGCUAAUGACUGGCCUCCACACGGUUGCUGAUGUCCACUGCAGCGACUGCCGAGAAGUGCUUGGUUGGAAAUACGAACGAGCUUACGAAGAGACGCAGAAGUACAAAGAAGGCAAGUUCAUUCUUGAGAAGUCCAAAAUCGUGAAGGAGAAUUGGUAGCACUCCCCCACUCUCAGCAAAUCAUCAUUUGUAUUAUAUAUAUCCUUGCUUCCUUCCUUGUGCUGCUGAUAUCAGCUAGUUAUAUAUGUGUUUGUUACUUUCUAUGUGAAGAGAAGAGUGGGAGGUGAAGAAAGAACAAAAAGGAAGGAAGGAAGCUCACUAAUUGCAAAUAUCGGCUUCCUUACUUCCUUGUUCCCAUGAAAAGCAAUGUGCAGUUAGAUUUUCUCCCUGUUUAUGUUGUGUGCCUCAGUUACCUCCUGAAUGUUAACCGCCCUGUUUCGAUUCUGGUAAAUGAAUGAAUGGAUUGGAAUCGAUUUUUGUACGAAGUGUUUCCAGCAUUACUGCAUUGCUAAACUGGUCAAGUCUCUUAGAAACAGAAAUGGUCCUUGAAGGCUUUGCAAAGUUCUUUGUAGAACUCUUUCGACUCUUAUGUCCAUACGGCCUUCAGAGUGAAAUCAAGAGUUGAAACGAGUGACUCGAAAGAGUGGAGUCGUGUUUUAUGAAAUCAUUUCCGAAAAAUGGGAGUCUAUUUGUUUUGUAUCGGUGCUCCUUGCCCUCCGAACGGUUGCUACGGGAGUCUUUACAGCUGGUACUGCUCUGCUCAGACUACUAGAUAGAUCUUCCUGGCUCAUCAUCUAAACUGUGACCUGCUCCCAGUUCCCAGCAAUAGUGAUAUUCAUACCCUGGUUAAUUGGAGAAAGCUAUUUCAAUAGCAGCGUCCGAAAUAUGGAUAUGAACUCAACCCUCGAUCUCUUUACUUUACUCAACAUGAAUCCUUUGAAGGUUUGGUGAAAUCCAACAACUAUGCAUUCGAGUUAGAUAGGAAGGUUGGUUGUAGACUCAGAAACGGUCUGAUCAUUUGUUCCAUCCACCUUUUUUUUUAAUUCCUGUUUUUGGAGUCAAUUACUGAUCAACUACAUUGUUUAAUAAUCUUCCCAACCUCGGUAUUUCUGCUUUUGGAACAUGCGAAAUGUGAAGAAGAAACGGAUUAUUUAAGGCACUACUAGAAUACAGUAAAGUAUAGUUU